AAUUAUCUGAAGAGCGUGUCUUUUCUAUACCGGCAGAGCCGCCCACGAAGACUUUGCCGAAGCCGUGCAAGAUGGCGAUCCAAAAGAAGCACGGUAAAGGUCGUCUUGACAAAUGGUACAAAUUGGCAAAGGAAAAGGGCUAUAGAGCCCGUGCUGCCUUUAAGCUCAUUCAACUCAACAAGAAAUAUCAUUUCCUGGAAAAGAGCAAAGUUCUUCUUGAUCUUUGCGCUGCGCCAGGGUCAUGGUGUCAAGUCGCCGCGGAGACUAUGCCCCCCGGGAGCCUGAUUGUCGGUGUCGACCUUGCUCCUAUCAAGCCUAUUCCCCGAACGAUUACCUUCCAAAGUGAUAUUACGACGGAGAAAUGUAGAGCCACGAUUAGGCAACAUUUGAAAACUUGGAAGGCGGAUGUCGUCCUUCACGAUGGAGCGCCAAAUGUCGGUACAGCUUGGGUGCAGGAUGCUUUCACACAGGCAGAGCUGGUGUUGCAAUCGAUGAAAUUGGCGACAGAAUUUUUGGUUCAGGGUGGAGUCUUCGUUACCAAAGUUUUCCGAUCUAAGGACUACAAUGCUCUAUUGUGGGUUUUCAAUCAGCUAUUCGAAAAGGUAGAAGCAACGAAGCCACCAUCAUCGAGAAACGUCUCGGCCGAAAUUUUCGUCGUCUGUAGAGGUUUCAAGGCACCAAAGCGCAUUGACCCACGAUUCCUUGAUCCCCGGAACGUUUUCGCGGAGCUUGCUGACCCGACGCCGAACAACGAAGCCAAAGUCUUCAAUCCGGAGAAAAAGAAGCGCAAGCGAGAGGGUUAUGAGGAAGGCGAUUGGACACAGUACCAUGAAGCACCGGCCAGCGAAUUUAUUCAGACCACGGACCCCAUUGCAAUGCUAGGCUCUCUGAACUGUUUGAGCUUCGUGCAGCCAGCUAAUGGCGACGUUGCGCUUGCAGCGCUCGAAAAGAUGCCAGAAACUACGCAGGAAAUCCGUGAUUGCUGUGCGGAUCUCAAAGUGCUCGGUCGAAAAGAAUUUCGUGACCUUUUGAAGUGGCGUUUGAAGAUCAGAGAAAAGUUCGGGUUUUCAUCGAAGAAAAAGGCUGCUCAAGAAAAGGAGGGAGAAGAAGUAGCGGAGGUGGCUCCAAUGGAUGAGGAGUUGCAGAUUCAGGAGGACUUGCAGAGAAUGCGGGACCAGGAGAGCUCACGGAAAAAGAAAGAGAGAAGACGGGAAAAUGAGCGAAAGCAAAAGGACAUUGUUCGAAUGCAGUUGCACAUGACAACUCCCAUGGAUAUUGGUCUCGAACAGGCCGGUCCCUACGGUGAGGAAGACAUGUUCGGGCUUAAGGCUGUAGAUCGGGCUGGUGCAGUGGACAAGAUUGCGAAGGGAAAGAUGAACUACGUGGUCAAUGCGCCACAGGAUCAAGAAGAAUCCGAAAAUGAUUCCGACGCGAGCAGUGACGAGGAUGGCGACCAGCUCGAGGGCACUCUCGACGCCAUGUACGAACAGUAUCAGGAGCGGAAGUCAGAACUUGAUGCGAAAUACCGGGCUAAGAAAGCUCGAAAAGAGCAUGAGGAUGGGGAUUGGGACGGCUUUUCCGAUAAAGAGGGUAGCAGCUCAGAUGAAGUUGAGGGGCAGGAGGAGGAUAGCGAUGACAGCUCAUCCUCCGAUGAGGACGAUGGGCAGCCUUCUAAAAAGUCUCUUGUCACCUCCCUCGAUGAUAUGAAUGGCACUUCUGGUAAGGGGCUUACGAAACGCGCGACGAUGUUCUUUGAUCAAGAUGUUUUCAAGGAUAUUGAUGGGCUUCAAGAUGGCCAGGAAGAAGGCGAAGAUGAAGAAUUGGAUGAAGAUAUGGAAGAUGAGCUGGAUGCGCUCGAGGCAUCUCGAAAGACCAAGGCUCAGAAACCUUCGAAAGCUGCCAGCAAAGGGGAAUUACAAUUAUCCGCUGCGUCAAAUAGGAACAAUGGCAAGCCUGCCGAGCUCGAGGGCGCUGAAGACGAUGAGUCGGACGAAGGUGGUUUCGAAGUGGUCAAGAACAAGGAUGCCAAGAGUGAAUGGGAAGCGCAGGGCGAGCCAACCAAAGAUGGUCGGAUGGAUAUCGACAUUAUUACUGCUGAAGCUAUGACCUUGGCCCAGCAACUUGCAUCCGGCGAGAAAAGCAAGUACGAUUUAAUGGACGAGACCUACAACAAAUAUGCUCUCCAGGACCGCGACGGCCUCCCCGAAUGGUUCCUCGACGAUGAAAACAGACACAGCAAACCGCAUCGACCCAUUACUGCUCAGGCCGCAGCGGCACUGAAGGAGAAGAUGAGAGCGCUCAAUGCUCGACCCAUCAAGAAGGUGCAAGAGGCAAAGAGCCGGAAGAAGUUCAAGGCUGCGCAGCGACUGGAGAAGCUACGCAAGAAGUCUGCUCUGUUGGCUGAUGAGGGUGACAUGACCGAGAAGGACAAAGCCCAAAGCAUCGCGAAGCUCAUGAGCAAGGCCGCAAAGAAGAAGCCUAAGCAGCCCGUCAAGUUGGUUGUUGCCAAGGGUACUAACCGGGGUAUUUCCGGUCGCCCAAGAGGUGUCAAGGGCAAGUACAAGAUUGUCGACGCUCGAAUGAAGAAGGAUCUGCGGGCACAAAAGAGACUCUCCAAGAAGAGAAAGUGAACCAAAAAAAGCAUAGCUAGGGCAUUUUAUGGCGUAACCAAUCUACUAAGGUAUAUUUUGAGGCAUUAUUUGCGUUGUAGAUAGACUUGUUCCUUCUCUUCUCGCUGCGAACCUGAUAAAUUAUGCUUGGGCCAUAUGCUAUAGUGUAUUGAUUCGAAGUUGGAUAUUUAAAAGAAUUUUUUUUAGUACAGCCUUUUUUGUGCUAUGCAUAAUCUGAAAUGAGGUCAAUCAUCACAGAGCAAACUUUGAUCGCUACAAUAAUAUCGCGGUG